AUUUUAAUUACUAUAAAUAUUAAGAAGAAUUUUAGAUUUAUUUCUUUAAAGAAAAAAUAUCAAAAAGUAAGUUGAUAGGUAGGUCAGUGCAACAAAUUUAAAGGGUUAGAGAAAAUAUUCAAAGUUUAGCAUGGAAUUAAACUCGUAGUAUUUUGAUACAUUAUUCAAUGUAAAUAGAAUUUCGCAUGGGAUGAAGUGCUUUGUUAGAAGCACAGAUAAAUGCAAAAAAGCCUUCGAAACCAUUGGCUUAACGCCAGCAGAAUUUCUUAGACCGUUUGGUAGAAUGGCUAACAAAGUUGAUUUUAAUUCAAUAAAUGGCAAAAAGAAAUUAGUUUAAAAUUUUUGCUUGAAUUUUAUUGAUGAGAAGGAGUACAGAAUUCCAAAUAAACAAGAUAUGGAACUACAAAUGCAAAAAGUGUUAGAAAAAUAUAUUCCUAAUUUGAACAACAUAAGCGUAAAUUACAAAACUUAAAAGGGACUUGAUGAGCAUAUAGAAAGUCAAAGGACUGUAUGGUUUGAAAAAUGUAGCGAAUGUAUUUUAGAUUAUUGUAAAUUCGCGCAUCCAUUUACAUUUACAGAUUAGCCUUUCUAUUUGAUUAACUUUAUUAGUGUGGACGAAUAAGAUCCUUUCAAAGCUAUUUAAGCCCUUGAGCAAGAAACUGCUCCUUAGUUAAAAGAUAUUUUUAAAAAUAAUCCUUAGGAAAUAUAAAAUGGAAAUAUUCCAAAAGCUAACUUUAUUGUUUAUGAUUCAUCCAAUCCAAAAUAAUUUGAAGCAGCUCAAAAUAUUUUAACUGCAUUUAGAUAGCGCUUAGAUCAGUAUUUAAAUAGAAUCAUUCCAAUUAAUUCAGCAUAGGCUAUUUUCGAUUUAUAACCAUAGGAAAAUUAUCUAGAAGCAAGAUAUUUUAUAAAGCUUGCCACCCCUUUUAACAAGACUAAAGCAGUCCUUUCUCAAGACGAUUUCAAUAAAAUAUAGCUUACUAUCAACGAAUUUGUGAUAUCUUUCUUAGUUCCUAAUAUAGAAGCUAAACUAAAACAAUAUCAUAUUUAGUAUAUUUAGUAAAAGAAAACAUCUUUCUGGUCAGUGAUUAAGAAAAUAGGUAAGGGAGAUGAUGCAAGGCCUGAAGUAGGUGGUGCAUAUCAGAUGUCACCUUAUGAAAGCAUAGUGAGAUACAUAGGUGAUGUCCUUUAUCUAAUGCAUGAUUAUGAAUAAUGUUAAGAAUUUUAUAAAUACUGUCAGGAAGCAUUUAAAAGCAAAUCUUUUAGACAUUAUGCAAGUGCAACUGAAAUGCUUGUAUACAGCUAAGUUAUGUGUCACAUUGAGCUAAGAAACCCAAUUAAUAAAAAUGAUGUAUAGUAGAUAGUAAAUUAACUUACAGAAGCUAUUACUUACUACACUUACUAGCUUAACCACACCCAAUUUGCAAUAAGGGGAAUAAUAUUCAAAAUAUACAUUCAAUUCAUAUAUGAUAAAUUCGAUACCAUUGUAAAUUAACAUGUUUAUGAUAUUGGCUAUUUGAUAAAAGAAAGAAAUGAUACCUAAAAAAUUUAGUAAUAUCCAUUAUUUAAUUGCUUAAUACAAGAACAAUAUGCGAUUUUGCUCCUAAAGUAGAAACCUAGCAGGUUCAGAAAGUAUUGCUAAAAUCUCUUGUAUGCUGGUUAUUAGUUUGGAAAAUAUAAAUUUAGACAUCAUGCUCUAAGGUGCUUCUUAAUUAUUUAUAAGGAGUAUGAGUCUAGCAAAUGGACUUGGUUAUAAGAUUUUUUGUAUAAGUAGCUAGCUAAAUACUUCAUAGAAAUUUCUGACUAUAAAAACAGUUAUAAAUAUGUUAAGUUGUUGUUGAAAAACGUAGAGAGAAGAGAUUCAUUAGAAAAACAUUAACAAACAAUUACAGAUACCGAAACAUUUUUGGGUGCAUUAGAGAAAACUUCAAAUUUCCCUUUUAAAGAUGACGAUCAAAGCUAUAUUCCUUUGCCAGAAGUGUCAUAAAAAAGUUUAGAUAUAAUUUUGUCUGAUGAAAUGUUAUUUGACCGUUCUAAUCAAAAGCUAUCAACAUUGCAAAGUAUGAGUAUGCCAGGUGUUCUGAGCUAUAUGCUAUUUAGUGAGAGAGAAAAAUCAGUUAUGCAUUGGGAUGAAAUGGGUUUAAAGCUUUUAAACAAUAGCUAAUAUAAAGACAAUAUGAGUAGAUAAGAGAUUGAAAGAGAAAAUUGUAUAUUAAAGAGUUUCUCUGCUCUCUGUACAGAAGAUAAAUAAAGUUCUUUUGAUGUUAGAGGAGACCCAAAAUAGCAAUUCAGAAUAGCCUACAUAGAUGAAAUGAUAAUGAUCAAAUUUGAGUUAAGCAAUCCUUUGAGAAAAAAUUUUAAAAUUGAAGAAUUCUCAUUGUAUUACGACUUUGAACCAGAGACAGGAGAUGAUGCUGCUGUAAAUCCUCCAAUUUAAGAAUUAAAAUAACCAUUAGAAAUCGGAGAGUUGAAAAAGCUUCAAGUUGGUAUAAAAAUUAUUCCAAAGUGCAGAGGUAUACUGACAAUCAAAGGGUUUAAAUGGAAAGUAUUCAAAAUCCCAGUUAUAUUCUAAUUUGAUAUUAAAGGAAAACUUCAAAAAGAUGGAAUAACUAGAUUCAAUAAUUUUUCUAAUAGAAUUAAAAUAUUCCCAUCAACAGGCAAGCUGAUAUUAAGAGCUAUAAACUUUGAAAGCAAAAUAUACUUUGGAGAAGUAAAACCAUUAGUUCUAGAGCUUAAAAACGAAGGCUGUUUUCCUAUUAAAGAUAUCAGAGUUAUUUUUUCUGAGCCUUAUACAUAUGGAAAGAGCCACUUAAAUCUACCAAACCUAGUUAUUCAACCAGGAGCUACUCAUGUUGAGAAAAUCUUCAUUCGUUCAAGCAGUAGCAAAGAGUGCUUGAUCAAGUUUUUGAUAGCAUAUAGAUCCGAAAACAACCCUUACUUCCGUUAUGCUAGAUUUUAACAAAUAGUCUAGGUCACUCAAUCUUUCAUGAUUGUUUAGUCUCCUUUUUAUAUUUACGAUUAAUACAGUUUACACCUUCUAAUAGAUGAUUAAUUCCACCAUAACUUUAUCAAAGCAAAGCCAGAAGAACCUAAGCUACAAAUGUAGAUAAGCAAAGGCCCUAACAUCAUGGUGCAAUCAUAAAAUUUAACUAAUCUCCUUGACUUAGACCUUACUUCAUCUGACUCCACUGCUAUGGAUUCAAGCUUAUUUAACAAGGAAACAGAUGAAAAUUAUUCUUUGAAAAUCCAUCAGCUAAUUUUGAUUGAUAAUAAUUGGAGAUUUAUUUCUUAACCCUUUUUUGCUAAGAGUUAAGAAAAAUCUUACUAUUUUAAUAUAGGUCUUGGACGUCUUUCGCUGAAUAGAAGAAAGACUUCUCAUUAUCAUAGCUAAGAAAAAAAUGAAUUCAUUGACUUAUUAGGAGAUGAAGAUGAAGGAACUAAUUAAAAACAACUUGAUUUACUUGAUGAUGAUAAUUUAACAUAAAAUACAGUCUAAUAAGUAGCUAAAAAACCUUAAAAUAAUGAAAAAAUACAAUCACAAUAAUCAAUAUUAAGCGACGUAGACGAAGGAGACAUGCAUUUUUUGAAUUUUGAUCAGAAUUAAAUUUUGAAUCAAUUUAGUGAUAUUUCAAAUUUCGCAUGUGAUUUUGAUACAAUCAAGAAUUAUAUAAAUAGCGAUCGCCAACUUCUCUAUAACAAGUAUUGGGAUAAAAGCUAAGACUUUGAUCAUCCUGAUUUUGUUUCAAUCACAAUUGCUUGGACUUACAAAACUCCAGAAAAAACAUAUUCUGGUUUGCACAGCUUGCCAAAAGUUAAGAUGAACCGUGCUCUCAUUCAUAAUAAAUCUAUAAAAACAAGUCCCUUUGAUUCGUUUUGCCUAAAUAUAAACUUAGAUUAUUAAUAGCAAGUUAAGCACAACUUCACCCUUGAACCCGUUUGUAGCGUUAACGUGUAAGUGAAGAUAAAGAAUUAGUACUGUAAAGAUCCAGUAUCAUUUAACUUUAUUUGUAUAAAUGGAGACGAAUCGCUUACGUCCAAUUAGAACGAUGAAUCGUAUCCUUUCUUUAUUUGGGAAGGGCAAACUGAGCAAAUAAUUAGCAACUUAGAUUACUAAGCAGAAGAAGUCAUUAAUUUAAGGGCAAUUUUUACAAGCGAGGGCUUUUACAAUAUUAACAGAUUUAAAUAUUUCUUUUACAGAAAUAAAGACACUAAACAGUUGGUAGAACCUUUAACUUAGAGUGAGCUUAGCUAGAACAAGAAAAUAGAAUACAUAAGCUUUGUCCCCCUCGAUAAAGAACAAUUCUUUAUAAAUAUUGUUAACUCUUGAUAAAAAAAUUAUUAGAAGAAUAUAUUUUUUCUUGUUUUAUGUUCAUUAAAUUGUCUUUAAAAUCUAAUCUAUGCAUUUU